AUUAGCUUUGGGAGCUGUCGCGUCCGACACCGAUCUGAAUGGCAAGGUGGUCAUGUCACCGCCAACCUGCCUCGUCAUGCAGUAUUGAUUGCUGUUCAUCAUCCCACGACCCGCCAUCGAAGUCUCAUCGGAAGCUUUGUCUGCUGACACCGCGCUUCGUUCCCUGCAAGACGCGACCGACUCUUCUGUUAUAGCCUGGAUAAGCCAUGUGACAAGCAUCGCGCGCAAUGGCGGACGACGACGGCGAGAGUCAGUUCCGACGAACUCCGCAGUACCGGGCGCAAGCCACCCCCGCGACACCCGACCGUGCCAUGAGAUCGAGCGAGGAAACGGGCGAGUCAAGCCAGUCCGGCAGCCUCCGCCGCGUUGCGACACCAUCGACCGCCACGACAGACAGGAGCCACAAUGCGUCAGGUAGCGACGUCAUGGGUCAAGCUUCCAGCCCGGUUGGCCAACAGCCGGGGGGAGGCUCGCUACGAAGUCGACGACGGAUUAAGGGCCGGUCGACUGGUGGCUUCCUACUGCAGGAUACCGUCGCUCCUGUUGAGGAGUCGAGCAAGAGACGUAGAGCGACAAGUCUGCUACGUCCGAAGGGAAAAUCCAUUCAGCGAACGCCAGAACGACCGAGACAAAGUACAGGACAACAUCAAGAACCAUACACUAGGCACAGUACAACUUCACCUCCCACGCGCCACGAUGCAAGCCGGGCAUCCCGUACCCCUGAGCGUCAGACGAAGGACACAACGGAGCCAUCAUCGGGUAGCCCAAACGGGGCAGUGCCUGACACCGAAGCUACGCAGAUCGUGAACAUGGCCUUGAGCCUCGGCGAGUCUCGAGGUGCCGCAUCCAGACGUUAUGGACCGCGAUCGAAUCCGCCACGUUUGGCACCCCUGCCGGAUUCAGCAUCUAAGAGCAACCUGCGACAGCACUUUCAACAACAGCGGAGGACAUCUCAAGCGGGAUCACCCAGGCCAAGUCCAGGGGCGUCACCAAGGUUGCCAUCUGGACACCGGGCCAACAGCCCCAUGCACGUUAGUCAAGACAGUGGCCACGAUGGGACUUACCAAUACCAAUUCUCGGCAGCAACACUGGCCAGAGCGCAGAAAGCCAAAGAGCACCUUGAGCUGCUGGCGGAGUACCGACGUCUGUUGACGAGUUUGCCGCCCCUCAGACCCGAAUACAAUCAACAGUCGGGGUCCGCCCCUGGUUCGCCAAAUCUUGCACCCAGAGGCUCUUCUAGUACCAGCAAAGGGGGUCAGCUCACCACGACAAGGUCUUAUAACCCUUUGCAGUACGUCAGAAACCGAAAGGUGCGCGCACGUGAGCGCAAAGUGAUAGAUGGAGAGCUUUUGGGGUUUGGCGACAUUGAGAGUGUGAGAGAGUGGGUGGACAGGGUCACCGAGUCUGGCUACAUAGGUGGACGUGGCACUGGUGUCACUUUCACCAUGCCUCAUUUCUCAAGCAACCAGGAACUCGAUCAGCAGGCUUCCACAGACCCUGUACAAGCCAUGCGCGUGAAGCGACCCCGAGUGGACUGGUUCUUCGACCCGUGCGAUAUGAUUGCUGACGCAUACUGGCUGGAGCAAGACCACCACAAGCAUCUGAUUGAGGAUCGGUUUUGGCGCAAAAUCUUCCCGGCGCCGGCUCAGGACACGCUGCAGUCUACUUCCGGCAAAGUCGACGAUACCGAUCAAAGAAUGGUUCCUAUGUCUUUGACGGACGCGGACCACGGUGAUAAGGCACACGAUCUGCGCCUUAUCCACACGAAUGAAAGUGUUGAAGGACGGAGAGAUCGCGCAAAACAGAAAGUAUACGACAUGAGGCCUUUCCAUCAUCGACACAAUAGCUCAGGAUAUGGUGGCCAUAACCUGCUGCGACCAAAACGAGGCUCCGUCUCUGACCAAUCCGGUAGUGACAGUGAGAACAGGCCGGAGCUCAAGCGAUCCAGGACACGAGGUGGGCGUCGGGACACUAUCACGAGCGACACAAGUGAUCUGUUGCAGAAGCAGAUGAACCGCGUCAUGGCACAAGAAGAACAGGCUGCAGAGCUGGCGCACGUAACAGAAACGGAAGCUGAGCAUAAGCUUGAUGAGCAAGGCUGGAGCUCGCCAGCAAAGACUCCAUCUGCUUCAGGCCAGAUACACAGCCGCAAGACCUCAGUGGCCGACUACAGUGAUCCCGACACCAGGCUCAACGGCUUUCGAGCUCAGAUUGAAUCGUCCCUUGGACACAAACCUGGGAGGCCGAGCCUGGAAGCCCCUCAGCAUCCGCGGCGAAGUUCUUUGACCAAAUAUCAUUCCAAUCCUGCGUCACCCCAGCUGGAGGACGAGAAGGAUCUCACAUCGCCUCCGAAAAUGAACAAUAUUGUUUCGGUCGCCUCGAGUCGCUCAGGGUCACCUACUCGCAACCCUAUUUCCAAAAUAAAGAGAAAGCUCAAAGACAGAAGUCGCGACAAUGAGGACGAGUCCCAUUCGGAGGCAGAGGAUGAUGCUAGGCGACAAGGAUCUUUCAUGCCCGAACCGCCGUCGCCCUCGGAAAGGCUUGCCACGCGCCGUACCGACGAAAGCUACAGGGCUCACCGGCCCUCAAACUCGAUGCGAUUGCGCGGCGAGGACCAGGGUAACGGCCUUCGUGGCCUGUUCAAGAGUGGCCCUCGUAUUGACACAGUCUUCCGCGGAGGUGUUGCUAAGAUAGGCGACAUUCUCUGGAAGAAGGACGGCAACGAGAAUGAAGUCGAUGGAGAGACUUCAGAGGAAUCUGACAACGACAAUGGGAUAGGCCCCAACAAGCAACCCCCCGCCCUGUCACGUCGACAAUCCAGACGUGCGCAGGAAGACGCACAAGGCCCGAACGCGAAACACUUCCUCGACAGCAUGCCCGAGUUCCAUCAUGUUGGAGAACCACCCAAAAAGACCUCUGGUGCUCCAGAGUCAAAGUCGGCUGCCGCAAGUCUCUCAGGUCCUGUCAGCCGACAAUCAGCGAAAUGGGAACAGCUCAGGCCGCCACGCAUUGACGUGCGGGAUACCUCACCCACCGCGCCACCAUCAGUGGUUUCCGAGCGUGGGGAGCAUGAUGGUUCCCCAAGCGGGGGUGAUCACGGUCAUGAAGCUGGUGGGUUCGGGGGCAAGGACGAGACUCUCAAGAACCUCAUCGAUGCGCAAAUGCUCGAUCCUCGAAGCCGGUCGGCAAGUCGGCAUUGGUCCAUUCACGAUCAUGACCCGUCCCCUGAGCGCGCGAGGUUGUCGAAGCGCGAGAUUGCCCGCGUUCGCGCCCUCAUACUGAGCUCGGGUAUCAAGGCAAUGGAGAUCAACCGUCGUGCCCACGAGCAGCAGAAGCCACUCAGUCACGAGCACCUGGCCCUCACCCAGGAAGACCCUCGGAGCAAGAUUGGUGGGGUGACAUGGGCAUCUAUCGCGACCCUCACCCCGGAUGUAACCGAGUUUCAGGACCAAUCUGUGGCAACCUGCGACAUGUACCCACUUGCCUCUCGUGCGCUCGGUGCGGCAAUGCAAGCCUCGGGACAAAGAUGGCAAGCGUCCGCCGACAAAUUCGCGUCGGAGACGACGCCCAAACUUCAAGAGCGGAUUCGGAAAGUCCGCUCACGGCUGACGGAUGAUUUGUCCCAAAUGACGCGAAACGCGGCGGACGAAGCUGACGAGACGAGCAAACAACUCGCUCUGGAUCAGCCUCUGAAAGUCAAGCACGUUGUCGACACGAUCGAGAAACUCCUCCGAAGUCGACGCCGACGUUUCCGAUAUGUGAGACGCGGUUUGUGGCUCGCAGUCGAGUGGGCCCUGGUGGGAUUCAUGUGGUACGUGUGGUUCAUGGUUAUGGUAGUCAGGGUGUUCCUCGGCGUAGGGAGAGGUGCAUUCAGCGCCGUGAAGUGGUUGCUGUGGUUGUAAGAGAUGGAUCAGUGGCAUGUUCACUGAUACGAGAACACUUCCUAUGGGUACAACGUGCUUGGGAUUGGGAAUUUGUUAGCACACCUAUACCCCCUUUUUUCCUUUCUUUAUUAUUAUUGGCAUAGCCUCGGAGCACCCAUUUCUUUCAUAGUCACACUGCGCAACAUUCUACAUUUAAUGCAUAAUAUUGUACCAUUCACACAACAACAUGCCUA